UUAGGUCUAAUCCAUAUCAUUUUUGUUCUGGAACAAGUUUCUGCUCUCUGGGAAGUUGAGGGAGGAGAGAUAGAAAGAAGCCUGGGGAGUGAAAGGAAAAUCGUUUUAUCACCUUUCUAUUAUUGAUCACGACUCAAGGGUCCCCUAUGAUCCUUUAGAGAAGUCGCUGCGAUGAUGAUUUUUAGGAAGAGUUAGACCCAGAGGUAUUUAGCGACGUGUGCAUGGGGCAUCGCUUAGAAUAGGGGAAUGUUGGCCACAGUAUUGGAACGGACGUAGUUUGGCGUACUAGAAUAGCUCAGCAAUUAUCGAUAGUGAAGAUUUCUGUUGGAGGAAUAAUCCUUUAGGGCUGUGGAGUUCCGUAGGGAAGCAGAAGUGCAGGCACGAGGAGCCAGGCUUGUGGGGAAUGGAGAGUGUACAGCUGGCCUGAUGAGAUCAUAUGAAAACAACCUUGGCAUGUCCAGGUGUAGUUUGAUCCUUUGCAGACUUAUGCCAACUCCGGGGACGAUGGUGGCCAGGAAAGGUUACUUUGCCCUAACCAGUGGGGCACUUCUGGGGCAUUAAUUAAAUUCUCUUAUCUUAACCUUGUCUGGGUCUUCUGACUUUGUGGCAAACGUCCCAAAGCCUUGUCAGCGAGCACUACGGCACGUCGCCCACGUCCCAGGGGCCGUCUGUCCUAUUAAUAAGAAUGUUUGCCAAUUAGCUAUCAAAAACCUAGAAGCACUGCGGAGGCUCUGGAAGGGGUCUUUGCCACGGGCUGGCCUUGCAGGGUCCUCUGAUGGAAGAUCUAGUGGGACUUCGUGAGGGGUUUUCAGGGAGUCCUGUGGCCUUGCAAGAGCUCUGGGGUCCCUGCCCCAGGGCCCAGCGCCGAAUCAGAGACUUUCUGGAGAGAGUGAAGAAGCAGCUGUUCCGGGUGGGUGAAGACUGGUAUUUCUUGGUUGGCCUAGGAGUGCUCAUGGCUAUCAUCAGUUUUGCCAUGAACUUCGUUGUCUCCAGAGUCGUCCAUGCACACAUGUGGCUGUAUCGAGAAAUCGGAGACAACCAUCUGCUUCGUUACCUUUCUUGGACUGUGUAUCCCAUAGCCCUGGUCUCUUUCUCUACUGGCUUUUCCCAGAGCAUCACCCCUUUCUCUGGAGGCUCUGGACUACCAGAAAUGAAGGUCAUUUUAUCAGGCAUAAUCCUGGAGGAUUACUUGGAUAUCAAGAACUUUGGGGCCAAAGUAGUGGGCCUCAGUUGUACCCUAGCAACAGGCAGCACUAUCUUCCUUGGCAAAGUGGGCCCCUUCACACAUCUUACCAGCAUGAUUGCUGCCUACAUGGGAAGGGUGCGCAUUUCAGCCCUUGGAGAGUAUGAGAACAAGAUCAAACAGAAUGAACUGUUAGUGGCUGCAGCAGCAGUGGGUGUAGCCACUGUCUUCGGGGCACCCUUCAGUGGGGUCCUGUUCAGCAUCGAGGUCAUGUCCUCCCACUUUGCUGUAUGGGAUUACUGGAGAGGCUUCUUCUCUGCAGUCUGUGGGGCCUUCAUGUUCCGUCUCCUGGCUGUCUUCAACAGUGAGCAAGAGACCAUUGCUUCCCUCUUCAAGACCAGAUUCAGAGUAGAUAUACCCUUCGACCUACCAGAGAUCUUCUUCUUUGUACUGCUUGGGUUUGUCUGUGGGAUCAUGGGCUGUGCCUACCUCUUCUGCCAUCGCAAAUUUGUGUUGUUUAUUCGAGCAAACUGGAUUACCAAAAAGCUGCUUGCCACAGACAAACCUCUGUACUCUGCCCUGGUAGCACUGGUGCUGGCCUCCAUCACCUACCCACACAGCCUGGGGCGAUUCAUGGCUUCUAGGUUGUCUAUGAAUUUAUACUUGAAUUCACUGCUUGACAACCGAUCCUGGGCUCUGCUAUCCCGGAAUUCCUCCCCUGAAUGGCCCCAAGAAGUAGAUCCCCAAAACCUGUGGUUUGAAUGGUACCAUCCCCAAUUUACCAUCUUUGGCACCCUUUGCUUCUUCCUGGCCAUGAAGUUUUGGAUGGUGAUUCUGGCCACUACAAUUCCCAUGCCAGCUGGGUACUUCAUGCCUGUAUUUAUCUAUGGGGCUGCCAUUGGACGAAUUUUUGGUGAGAUCCUAGCUACCAUCUUCCCAGAGGGUAUCAAGACAGAUGAUGGGGUCAUCAAUGUCAUCAUACCUGGUGCAUACGCUCUGGCAGGAGCUGCUGCCUUCUCCGGAAGUGUGACCCAAACCAUCUCAACAGCCCUGCUGGCCUUCGAGCUCACAGGCCAAUUUGUCCAUGUGCUCCCUGUCCUGAUGGCUGUGCUCAUGGCCAAUGCUGUGUCUCAGAAUUGUCAGCCCUCCUUUUAUGAGAAUGCCAUCAUCAUUAAGAAGCUUCCAUACUUGCCCCGGGUCCGAGGUCGAAAACUCAAUUCUGACCAGGUGACUGCUGAACUUUUCAUGAACCCAAAUAUCACCACUCUGGCCAAAGACUCCACCUUGGAUGAGGUAGUCAAGACCGUGACCUCUACAGGAGCUGUUGAGUACCCACUGGUGGAGAGUGAAGAAUCCCAGCUCUUGGUGGGCAUAAUACAUAAGGCCCAACUGUUGCCCUUCCUCCAAGCAGAGCCAGCUAUCCAAGGACCCAAACACCAGUGGCAUCUCCAUGAGGUCCUGGCUGGGGGUUGCCCUGUCGAGCCUGUGACCCUCCAGCUGUCACCCCAGACCUCUCUAUACCAGGUCCACCACCUUUUUGAAAUCUUGAAAAUGGAGAGGAUUUUGGUGACAUCAAUGGGUCGAGUUGUGGGUUUCAUCUCCUGGGUGGAGGUACCAGGGAAGGGGAAGGGAGGAACUAGACAGAAGACAGUGGACAGUGAUUUGAAGGAACUAGAGUGGGUCAGUUCAAGGGACAGCUCAGGUCUCAGGGGUUCCCAGGAAGAAUUCAAUUCCAAGAUUUGGUUCUAGGUCCCAGGCCAAGUUAAGAGAAAAAAAGAAGUUGGGGACAGAGAGGCGCCAUUAUUUGGUCUUUGGGUAAUGUCCUCCAUCCCCAAACACCGCAUACCAAUCUUCUUCUCUUCUC